AUGUACAGAAAUUUUUGUGCUCUGGCCGGAGGACGAGAUGAGGCGGACAAAGUUUAUCAAAUACUCAAUAGAGAGCUAAAUGAAGAAGAUGGCUUUGAGUGGCAUCGUUUCAGAGUGGGGCCUUAUAAUGCAGUGGUUCAAGAGGGUGUACGUCUUAACUACCCAGAUAAUACGUUGGCCGUUCUUGUGCUG